GCCGGAUGUGCUAUUCCGGACUGAUAUCAAGGCUUUUAUUCGGUUUUUUUUCAUAUGUAUGCCCAGAGCGUCCUCCAAGUCCUAACUACCUAGUUCCAUUCAGGCAGUCAUGACUCCAUCCAUAAUGACCUAUAAAAAGUGAUCCUUCGGUUACUUUUUCACCGAUAAUUACAGUCCCGGCUAGUAUCAACAUGAAAUCCCGAUGACAUCCGGAUAUCAGCGGGAACAAAAUUAAUUUAUCAUCUAGUGCUAUAGUUAACUAUGUUAUCGGGACAUUACCACAAAUGACUGACAGGUCCGCCUCGUUCUUGUCUACUCUUCUAAAAACGAAUUUGGUUUCAAUUCUUGUCCACUAUGUCAGUUUUAGGUGGAAUCCCUGCCAUGGAUAGUUCGGAGUACCAGCAGCGCCUGGGAGCUGGACUUGAAGUGAGGGAUACCGACACUGUAUCAUCUACAACCCAGAUCGACAAAAUGGAUGGUAAUCAGCUUGCAGUCGACAUGGAGGAUGAGAUUGAGGAGAUGGUAAGGCAGCUGACUCGUCACUCUACCCAUUUUUCGUCCUCAAAUGCAAAGAAUCCCUUCUUCGAGGAAGAUAAGGAAACUACCUGGCAUCCGGACAGUCCAUUUUUCAAGCCAAAGGACUGGGUUCGAUCCCUCAUCGCUGCUCAGUCGCAAGACCCAGAGCGAUUUCUUCAACGUUCGGUGGGCGUUGCAUUCAAAAACCUCCACGUGCAUGGUUUCGGAAGUCCAACCGAUUACCAGAAGGAUGUGUUCAACGCCCUUCUGAGUGUUGGUGGCCUUGUGCGCAACAUCAUCGGCGUUGGGAAGCAGAAAGUUCACAUUCUCAAUAACUUCAACGGACUGGUCCGUAGUGGAGAGAUGUUGGUGGUCUUGGGUCGUCCUGGAAGUGGCUGUUCAACAUUCCUCAAGAGCAUCGCCGGCGAGAUGAACGGUAUCUAUGUCAAUGAUGAUAGUUAUAUGAACUAUCAAGGAAUCUCGGCUCCGACUAUGCACAAGCAAUUCCGUGGAGAGGCCAUCUUCAGCGCUGAAACUGAUGUGCAUUUCCCGCAGCUCACGGUUGGUGAGACUUUGACAUUCGCCGCCAUGGCGCGUGCACCGCGCACGCGUUUCCCGAACCUGACUCGAAAGGAAUACGCUGAACAUCUUCGUGACGUGGUGAUGACAAUGCUAGGACUCAAGCACACGUUCAAUACUCGUGUUGGCAAUGACUUCGUGCGGGGAGUCAGCGGAGGUGAGCGCAAGCGAGUGAGCAUUGCAGAAGCCAUUCUCAGUGGUGCCCCGCUUCAGUGCUGGGACAACAGCACACGGGGUCUUGAUAGUGCCAAUGCUUUGGAAUUCUGCAAGAACAUUCGCUUGAUGAGUGAUUAUACGGGAACCACGGCCUGUGUUGCAAUUUAUCAAGCUUCGCAAAAUGCCUAUGAUGUCUUUGACAAGGUCGUUGUGCUUUACGAGGGUGAACAGAUUUACUUCGGCCCAACCGGAGAAGCUCGUAAAUUCUUUACCAACAUGGGCUUUGACUGCCCGUCGCGCCAGACUACAGCCGAUUUCCUCACAUCCUUGACUAGCCCAACUGAGCGCAGGGUGAAGCCAGGUUACGAAGCUAAAGUGCCUCGGACACCCGCGGAGUUCGCGCAGCGAUGGCAAAGAAGUCAGGAAUGCGCUCGCCUCCUGCGGGAGAUUGAUACCUUUGACAAGGAACAUCCGAUCGGUGGCCAGUCCCUUACUACUUUCAGUGAAGCACGCCGUUUGAUGCAGUCAAAGCGACAGCGCCUCAAAUCUCCCUACACACUCUCGGUUCUCGAGCAGAUCAAUCUUAACCUUGUUCGUGGGUUCCAGCGUCUCAAGGCUGACAUGACUUUAACCUACUCGGCUCUCUUCGGCAAUUUCUUUAUCUCUCUGAUCUUAGGAAGUGUGUUUUACAACCUUCCCGGAGACACAUCCAGCUUCUUCUCGCGAGGAGUUCUUCUCUUCUAUGCAGUUUUGCUUGCUGCGUUUGCCAGUGCUCUCGAGAUCUUGACACUCUACGCCCAGAGACCAAUCGUGGAAAAGCAAUCUCGAUAUGCCUUCUAUCACCCAUUUACAGAGGCAGCUGCAUCCAUGCUGUGCGAUAUCCCCUAUAAAUUGACAAACUCUGUCACAUUCAAUCUUCCCCUCUACUUCCUGUCCAACCUCAAGCGUGAGCCGGGAGCAUUUUUUAUCUUCUGGCUGUUCUCGAUCAUGACCACAUUGACUAUGUCAAUGGUCUUCCGGACAUUUGGUGCUGCCUCGCGCUCUCUAGCUCAAGCGCUGGUUCCUGCUGCCCUGCUCAUCCUUGGUCUAGUGAUCUAUACAGGUUUCAUCAUUCCCACCAAAGAUAUGCUGGGAUGGUCUCGCUGGAUGAACUACAUUGACCCUAUUGCGUAUUCAUUUGAAAGCAUGAUGGUCAAUGAAUUCCGCAAUAGGAAAUUUCCCUGUACAUCUUUUGUUCCUUCUGGCGAGGGCUACGAGAAUGUGGAUUCCAUCAACACCAUUUGCAGCACUGUCUCAUCCACGGCAGGAGAUCCUAACAUUGAUGGAGAUGCCUACUUGCAAACUGCAUAUGCGUAUUCCAACGGCCAUCUCUGGCGCAACCUGGGUAUCGUCAUCGCUUUCAUGAUAUUUUUCAUGUGCGUUUAUCUUAUUGCGACCGAAUACAUCACCGAGGCUCCCUCCAAAGGCGAAGUCCUUCUUUUCCGCCGGGGCAACCAGCCGAAACACCUACAAGAAGAUGCCGAAAACACCCCAGAUGCAGCUUACCGGGCUGAUGAGAACGCCGAGGGUACCGGUGCCAAUAUUCAGCGUCAAACUGCCAUCUUCCAAUGGCAGGACCUUUGCUAUGAUAUUAAGAUCAAGAAUGAGCCUCGUCGCAUUCUCGACAAUGUGAACGGAUGGGUAAAGCCCGGCACGGCGACUGCAUUGAUGGGUGUUUCCGGUGCGGGAAAAACUACGCUGCUUGAUGUUCUUGCAACUCGAGUGACUAUGGGUGUUGUCACUGGCGAUGUCCUGGUGGAUGGACAACCCCGAGACGAUUCAUUCCAGCGCAAAACCGGCUAUGUCCAACAGCAAGAUGUUCAUUUGCCUACCUCAACAGUGCGAGAAGCUUUGCAAUUCAGUGCUAUACUCCGACAGCCUGCGCACCUCAGUCGCCAGGAAAAACUAGCCUACGUUGAGGAAGUACUGGAGUUGUUAGGCAUGCAGUCAUACGCCGACGCGGUGGUUGGUGUUCCAGGUGAAGGAUUAAAUGUUGAGCAGCGCAAGCGCUUGACGAUUGGCGUGGAGUUAGCUGCUCGACCACAGUUACUGCUUUUCCUGGAUGAGCCAACCUCAGGGUUAGACAGCCAAACCUCGUGGUCAAUUCUGGACUUGAUCGAGAUCCUCACAAAGCACGGACAGGCCAUUCUAUGUACUAUCCACCAACCUUCUGCGAUGUUAUUCCAACGGUUCGACCGACUCUUGUUCCUCGCUAAAGGAGGACGCACUGUCUAUUUCGGGCAGAUUGGCGAAAACUCCUCGAUAUUGGCAGACUAUUUCAUGCGCAACGGUGGUCACACUCUGGCCGAUGGCGAAAAUCCAGCAGAAUGGAUGCUUGAUGUGAUUGGUGCUGCACCUGGGUCUCACAGUGAUAUUGAUUGGCCUGCAGUUUGGAACAAAAGUCCAGAAAAGGAAGCUGUUGUUCACCACUUAGGCGAGCUCAAGUCUACUCUUUCUCAGAAAGAGAAAGAAACCGGUACAAAUGCAGACUAUCGUGAGUUUGCGUCUCCGACAAGCGUACAACUUUGGGAAUGUCUUUCUCGGGUCUUCUCCCAAUAUUGGUGCACCCCAUCCUACAUCUACUCAAAGCUCAUUCUCUCAAUUCUCACGGCGCUUUACAAUGGGUUCUCAUUUUUCCAUGCAAAGAACACCCAGCAAGGACUCCAGAACCAAAUGUUCAGCAUCUUUAUGCUCAUGACUAUAUUUGGAAACCUUGUGCAGCAGAUCAUGCCGAACUUCAUUAUUCAACGAUCUAUCUUUGAAGUACGCGAGCGUCCUUCUAAGAUGUAUUCGUGGCGUGUGUUUAUGGCGUCCAAUAUUCUGGUUGAGCUGCCCUGGAACCUCCUUGUUGCCGUGUUGAUGUUCUUCUGCUGGUACUACCCGGUUGGCCUGUACCAAAACGCCCAGCCAACCGACGCCGUGCAUGAGCGCGGUGCGCUGAUGUUCUUGUACUUGUUGAUGUUCCUGUGGUUCACGUCUACAUUCUCGCACAUGGUCGUCGCGGGCGUGGAGAAUGCGGAAACAGGAGGCAACAUUGCGAAUUUGCUCUUCUCUCUUCUCCUACUAUUCUGCGGUGUCGUCUCCACGCCAGAGGCCAUGCCCGGGUUCUGGAUUUUUAUGUACCGCGUUUCCCCCUUCACCUAUCUUGUAUCUGGAAUGCUUUCUACCGCUGUUAGUGGGACAAGCGUCACAUGCAGUGCAAUCGAAACACUCGUCUUCAACCCCCCGGAUAGCCAGACUUGCUACGACUAUCUGAACCCAUAUGCCGUCCGGACUGGAGGGUAUAUCGAGAACCCCAACGCAACGAGUUCGUGCUCAUACUGCCCCAUGGCCUCUACCGAUACUUUUCUUGCCCAGGUAAACUCUUACUGGGGCGAAGCGUGGCGGAACUUUGGAAUACUGUGGGCUUACCUGGCGUUCAACAUCGUGGUUGCACUUGGAAUCUAUUGGUUGGCGCGGGUUCCCAAGGGAAGUAAGGCAAAGGGCAGUGUUUGAAAGGCAGAUGCUCAAAAGUGGUGAGCAGUUAUUUCAUGUUGAUGGGGGUUUCUGUUCUAUGUCAAUGGCGACAUAAUCAUGUCAUUUGUCGUGAAUGGCAUAGUUUGUAAUUGCAUCUAAUCAUUCCUUUCAUUUUCUUUUUAUAUAGAUCUUUCUUAUUUAUUGUUUCAACAAUAGUAGUUUUAAGGGUGAUAUUCUCUCUUUGAUCAAGCCC